UGAUAAACUCGUUAACAUAAACGACUAUGGCAAAGAGUAGUGUAUGAUCGGACGAUGACGGACAGGGGAAUCCGUGCUGUUAUUGAAGCGAUUCAUUCCAGUCCGACUCAGAUUGUCCUCUAUCUCUCCGGCGGAGCUUCUCAGAUAGUGGGAUGGCUGUUAUCAGUUCCCGGAGCCUCAAACACAGUGCUUGAAGUCGUUGUUCCUUAUUCUAGAAUGUCCUUGAUCCAAUUGCUUGGCAAGGUUCCUUCACAGUUUACUAACCGCCAGAUGGCUGAGGAAAUGGCAUUAAUGGCAUAUAACCGUGCUCUUAAGCUCUCAAGGCCAGGAUCCCCAGUUCUAGGUGUUGGAUUUACAGGUUCUUUGGCUACAUCAUAUGCAAAACAUGGAGAUCAUAGGUUCCAUAUUGCAACAAGAACUGCUGAUCGACUUCUCAUGUCCUCGGUUACUUUGUGCAAGGGUUUGCGUAAUCGAGAGCAAGAAGAUACAAUUUCAAGUCAAGUUUUGCUGAAGAUGCUUGCAAAUGCUAGCAAAAUUUCAGCAACAUUUAGCCCAGGAUUGACUGAAUCUGAAGUUCCUGAAGAAUGCGAGAAGCACUUCGAUGAGGAUCAAGAAUUAGAACAACUUAUACGCGGGGAUAUAUGCUUUAAAAUUUAUACAUUUUCAAAUGAUAUACACAGCUCUACUACUGAAAGAAAAAUAAUUCUUCCUGGUUCAUUUAAUCCCUUGCAUGAAGGUCAUGUAAAGCUCCUUGAAGUCGCUACUAGCAUAUGUGGUGAUGGGCAUCCAUGCUUUGAAUUAUCAGCGAUAAAUGCUGACAAGCCUCCACUUACCGUGUCUCAAAUUAAAGAACGGGUAAAACAGUUCGAAAAAUUUGGCAAGUCUGUGAUCAUCUCCAAUCAACCUUACUUCUACAAGAAAGCAGAGGUUUUUCCUGGAAGUGCUUUUGUAAUUGGCGCGGACACAAUGGCAAGGCUCAUCGAUACUAAGUACUACGGCGGAGAUUAUGAAAGGAUGUUCGAAGUACUUUCAGGGUGCAAAAGAACAGGCUGUAUCUUCCUUGUAGGUGGUCGAAAUGUAGAUGGUGUUUUUAAGGUUCUAGAAGAUUUCGAUAUACCAGAAGAGUUGAAAGACAUAUUCAUCUCUAUACCAGCAGAGAGUUUUCGAUUGGAUAUAUCAUCAACUGAAAUCAGGAGAAGGGAAUUAAAAUUGUAAAAUCAUCAGAAUUUGAAAACUUGUUUUCCUGAAUAAAAAUCUAUUGCAAAACAACCCAUUUUGUGGAAAAGUUGUUGGAAAUUUAUAUUUCAUAACAGAAAUGAGAGAAAAGCACAACUCUAUUUGAUU